CCAACGCUAAAAGAUUACAAAUUUAUUUCUAUGUACACGGAAAUUAUUUACUGCUGCUUAAGAGUAUAUAUUUGUUUGGUAACCAUGUAAAACUAUACGUCCGGAAUAACCACGGAGAAAAUAGCGAUUGUCUUGUAAACGAAAUUGGUUAAUGACCAAAGCCAAGCGACGUAGAAGAUGGAUAUUUACAAGCUUUUACUUGCCGUUGUGUUAGUCUGCGUCUUGAAUGAAGGUUUCGCAUUGUGGGGCGGAAGAAGAAGCAGCUCAUCCAGUCGGAGCAGCCGCAGGAGAAGCAGCUCAUCCAGUUGGGGCACCAGCAGGAGAAGCAGCAGUAGAUCGAGCUCAAGCAGGCGAGGCUCUGGAUGGUGGGGCGGACGGAGAAACCAACCAGCAAAUCCCCCUGCCAAGCCAAACAAUGUACAAGAGAGGCCACCAUCAUGGACCCCCAAACCAAAUAAACCUAUACCACCACCAUCAUGGACCCCCAAACCAAAUAAACCUAAUCCACCACCAUCAUUGACCCCCAAACCAAAUAAACCUAAUCCACCACCAUCAUUGACCCCCAAACCAAAUAAACCUAAUCCACCACCAUCAUUGACCCCCAAACCAAAUAAACCUGUUCCACCACCAUUGACCGCCUAACCAAAUGAACCUAUACCACCACCAUUGACCCCCAAACCAAAUGAACCUAUACCACCACCAUUGACCCCCAAACCAAAUGAACCUAUACCACCAUCAUUGACCCCCAAACCAAAUGAACCUAUACCACCACCAUUCAUCCCCGGACCAUAAGGACUUGUACCACCACAAUGCACCCCCAAAUGAAAUGAACCUAUACCACCAUCAUCAUGAGACACCAAAACAAGUGAAACUAUACCACCAUCAUGAACUGGAACAAAGAACAGUUUGAUACCAUAUAUAAACCAAAAAUAAAUGAAUUAGAAUUAUUGAAUUUGUUGUUUUAUAUGUAACAAAUAUAAGUGUAAACAGUA